CUCACUCAGUUUAUUCUCGACCGUGAGUUUGGUUACUUGGAUCGCUUCUGAAUAGGUACGCGAAAUCGUUUGAAUAAAAAAAGUUUGUGUCAUUGUGAAGCAUGGGCGUGUUCAUCACGUUGGCCGCGCUCGCGCUUAUUGCGUAUCUGUUUUAUCGAUGGAGCGUCGCCACCUACGAUUAUUUUGAAAAACGCGGAGUGCCAUUCUUGCGACCGAAGCCUCUGGUGGGGAGCCUAUGGCCAGUAUUUUCCGGUCAGAAGCAUGCCAUGGAUGCGGCCCAGGAAGGUUACUGGGUGUUUCCAGAGGCGCGGUUUUCCGGCUUCUUUAUGUUUCGAAAACCGGGGUACUUGAUUCAUGAUCCGGAGUUGAUUAAGCAAAUAACGAUUAAGGAUUUCGAUCAUUUUACCGAUCAUGCUAAUAAUAUAACUCCGGAGUUGGAUCCAUUCUUGGGGCGGUCAUUGUUUUUCGCUGAAGGUCAUCGCUGGAAGCCCGGUAGGACCGGAUUGAGUCCGGCAUUCACCGGAAGCAAAAUGCGCAAUAUGAUGGUGCUGCUGUAUAAUUAUUUGGAAGGUGCUAUGGAGAGACUGAAGGAAGACGCGAACGGAGGAAAGUUUGAAAAGGAAAUGAAAGAUUUCUUCCAGAGAUUGGGAAACGACGUAACUACAUCGAUUUCCUUCGGCGUAGAGGUGGACUCGUUUCGCGAUCCAGACAAUCAAUUUUUGGAAGCUGGAAAGUUGCUCACUGCAACGGAUGGACUGCAGGGAUUCAAGUUCUUCUUGAUAACGUUUUUCCCAGAGAAAUUGUUCACAGCUCUGAACAUCCGCGUAACGCCUCAGAAAGUGGCAGAGUUCUACGAGGAAGCUGUGUCGAAAAGUAUCAAACAUCGAGAAGAAAACAAUAUCGUUCGUCCCGAUUUCAUCCAUUUGUUGCUGCAGGCUAGGAAAAAUGAACUUAAAGAAGAUCACAAUGAUGAUAAGUUUGACAGUGCUGGAUUCUCGACUGUCCAGGAACAUCUGCAGGCGCCGUCCGGUACUGCAAAAUCUAGCGAAUGGACUGACUUAGACAUUGCGGCUGCUGCUGCGUCCUUCUUCUUCGGUGGAAUCGAAACUACCACAGUUUUCCUCAGCUUCACUAUCUACGAACUGGCCUUGAAUCCUGAUAUUCAGGACAAACUUCGUGCGGAAAUCGAUGCCACCACCGAAACCUUAAACGGCAAAAAUCUGUCCUACGAAGCCAUGCAACAGAUGAAAUACUUGGACCAGGUUGUGACCGAAGCUCUCCGACGCUGGACAUCGUUCGGCAUAACGAACCGGAAGUGCGUCAAAGAGUACACUUUUGAAAACUCUGACGGUACCAAGGUCACCAUCGAGAAGGGCACCCUCAUUCAGAUCCCUAUGGCGGCUAUCCAUUUGGACGCCAAAUACUAUCCGAAUCCACUGCGAUUCGAUCCAGAGCGCUUUUCGGAAGAAAAUCGACACCAACUGAACCCGAACGCGUACAUGCCCUUCGGGAUGGGACCGCGGAACUGCAUCGGUUCCCGACUGGCGCUGAUGCAGGCCAAGUGUUUCCUGUUCUAUAUUUUGAAGCAUUUUACGGUGGAAAUUUCCCAGAAAACCGAUGUGCCCAUCCAGAUUGAUAAACGUUCGGUUGGCGUUAAAACGUUGAGCGGGAUUUGGGUUUAUUUGACCCCGAGGUCAUAAAUAGUAUGCACUGGAACCAAUUUUAGUUUCUGAGACAACCCCUUAUUCUGCGUUCUAUUCGAGUGUGACCUAAGUUAGUCUCAGCUUCUUAAAUUCUUGAUGUGUACUACGUUAGACUAUCAUAAUAUUUUUGUAAAGUUACCAAAUAUUUAUUAUCAUUAUUCAUGUAAAUUCGCAAAAAUCGAAACACAGAUGAUCUACAUCAACAAAAUUAUUUGAGCAAAUUUUUAGAAAUUUCGAUUUAAACUGAUAUUGUAUUGGAACAAAAAAUAAUCUUUAUGUUUGAUAUUAAAACAAGAAUAUA